AUGUUAUCGUUGCAGAUGAAAAAUGAAGGAUUUUUAAGUGAUCCGCAGUUGUUACCACGAAUUAAAGAACAUUGUCGCAACUUCCCGAGCCAAUCAUUACGAGCUGAACGAAUCGCAUAUGAUUUGCAACAGAAAUAUACAGAAUACUCUCGAAAGCAGUUCAAGCCAUUCACACGGCUUGUUCAAGAUGGCCUAGAAAAAUUGCGAAUCGAGGCAAAUCCAGAGCCUGUUGUAGUUGACGUUAUUGAAGAUGCAGGCGGGAGUGAUGGAGAUGUUGUUCCUAUCGACGUUCCCAAUGAAACACCUGCUAAAAAUAGUGCUCGGAAACGAAAAGCUGAAAGAGUAUCAACUCCGAAAAAAAAUACGAUCUAUGAUGACGAAGCAAUUGAUAAGGAAUUUGAUUCUUUCAAGGGUAAUAAUAGAGCUAACAGGGGUCUCCUCAAUUUGUAUGCUAAAAACCAACCUAAAACACCUCAACUAACUUUGAAUGUCACAAAUUCUAAAACCGAAAGCUCCAAGAAAAACAAACCAGCGAACGCAUCCGGUGAGAAGACGCCUUCAGCCCCUCGUGGUCUGGGAAGUGUUUCUACGUUCAACAUAUCUCCGCGUACAUCCAAUGUACGAUUCAAUGAUUUGGGAGGAUGUGAUAGGCAAUUCUUGGAGGUUUGUCGUCUCGUAAUGCAUUUGAAGAGACCUAAGACGUACGACUUGUUAGGAGUAGAUCCUCCCAAAGGAUUUAUUAUUCACGGACCUCCUGGUUGUGGAAAAACGUUGUUUGCACAGGCAGUAGCGGGAGAAUUUGAUUUACCUUUGCUUCAACUCGCAGCUACGGAAUUAGUUUCCGGUGUCUCUGGAGAAACAGAAGACAAAAUCCGACAACUAUUCACAAUUGCAAAAGAUAACGCUCCAUGUGUCUUGAUUUUGGAUGAAAUAGAUGCUAUUGCGCCAAGAAGAGAGACAGCCACAAGAGAGAUGGAGAGAAGGAUUGUGAGUCAACUAAGCAAUUCAUUAGAUGACUUAUUUGGAGUAAAAGAUGAUAAGCCGCUCAAAGAUCGAUUGGAUUUCACAGCAGAUGGAGAGGUUUCUAUCAUAAAUGAUAGUGCAGAAUUGAAAGGACAUGUGUUGGUCAUCGGAACAACAAGUAGACCAGACGCCGUUGAUGGUGGAUUGAGACGCGCUGGAAGAUUUGAUUGUGAGAUUGCUCUUGGAAUCCCAGAUGAAGCUGCUCGUUUGAAAAUCUUAUCGACCAUUUGCAAAUUACCAUUAGAUGAGAAUGUGAGUAUGCUGAGCAUAGCUCGCUUAACACCCGGUUAUGUUGGUGCAGAUUUGAAUGCUCUCGUAAGAGAAGCUGCAAAGUGCGCCAUUAAUAGAAUAUUCGAUACGAUUGUAAAUCGAAACAGUACGAAAAGACAAAUGACUAAUGCGGAAGUGAAAGAAGAAUUGGAUAAAGUACUAAUUUGGUUGAAUGGUGAUGACGACCCGAGUGUUUUGGAAGGAUUAGGAGGAUUCCAUGUGGUUAUGAAUGACUUUGAGAGAGCUCUUGAGAACGUGCAGCCUUCAGCUAAACGAGAAGGAUUCGCUACGGUGCCGGAUGUUACAUGGAAUGAUAUUGGAGCUCUAUCUGAUAUACGGCAAGAAUUAGAAUGGAGUAUAUUGUAUCCUGUGAAAAGACCAGAGGAUUUUGCUUUGUUGGGUAUAAGCUCGAAACCUCAGGGUAUUUUGCUUUGUGGCCCUCCGGGUUGCGGAAAAACUUUGUUGGCAAAAGCCGUUGCAAACGAAACAGGAAUGAACUUCAUCAGUGUUAAAGGUCCAGAACUGUUAAACAUGUAUGUUGGAGAAAGUGAACGAGCAGUUCGCACAGUAUUCCAAAGGGCCCGAGACUCUUCACCCUGUGUCAUCUUCUUCGACGAGAUUGAUGCUCUAUGUCCCAAACGUUCGAAUAAUGAGAGCUCCGGAAGUUCUCGCUUAGUCAACCAACUGCUCACCGAAAUGGAUGGUGUUGAAGGAAGGAAACAAGUAUUUCUUAUUGGAGCAACUAACAGACCAGAUAUUGUUGACGCCGCCAUCCUACGUCCUGGUAGGUUGGAUAAAAUUCUGUUUGUGAACUUCCCUAAUAGUUCCGAUAGGGCGGAUAUUUUGAGGAAAGCUACAAAAGGCGGUACGAAUCCGAAAAUAAGCAGCGACGUGAAUUUCGAAGAGAUAGGAUGCUUGCCAGAGCUGGAUGGUUUCACUGGAGCAGACUUAGCCGCCAUAGUGCACGAGGCAUCAAUCAUUGCCUUGAAGGAACGUCUGUUCAAAAAUGACACAAGUGUCGAUUGUGUGAGCACGCCUCAUUUCCUUGAAGCGAUCAAGAGAAUACGACCUUCUGUUACUGAAGCCGAUCGAAAGAAAUAUAGCAGAAUGCGGGAAAUAUAUUCGAAAAAGUCAGACGUUGUUGUAAAUUCUUAA